AUCAUUCAUUCAGGCCACCAAAACCACGCUACGCAACAAGCCUUGCAUCGUGCGCUUGCUGCUUCUGCUGCGGCUUCCCCGCCUAAUCUUGUGGCUCACGAGAGAGCCAGAUACCUGGUCUACCUGUAGGGAUCGGAGGUGCUGUCCCUUGACCAUAAUGUGCGGCGGAGCCAUCAUCGCCGACUUCGUCCCCGCCGGCGCCCGCCGCCCGGCGAGCUCCAUCACCGGCGACACCGCCUCCAUCCUCUCCGGUGAAGAGGAGCUGGUGAAGGCGGAGGCGAGGGUGCCGGCGCCGGGGCGCAAGACGGCGUACCGCGGGAUCCGGCGCCGGCCCUGGGGCCGCUGGGCGGCGGAGAUCCGCGACCCGCGCAAGGGCGCGCGGGUCUGGCUGGGCACCUACGCCACCCCCGAGGACGCCGCGCGCGCGUACGACGUCGCCGCGCGCGAGAUCCGCGGCGCCAAGGCCAAGCUCAACUUUCCGCCCGCCGUCGGCGCGGGCGCCCCGGCGGCCAAGAGGCGCCGCAGGGUCCCCGCGGCCGAGGAGAGCUCCGGGUCGUCGUCCUACCCGGCGGCCGCCGUCAUGGGGCCGCCGGGCGUCGGUGGAGCGGAAACGCUGCGGGACUGCAUGUCCGGGCUGGAGGCGUUCCUGGGGCUGGAGGACGCGGACGCCGCACCGGGGGACGGCGCCGACGUGGAGGCCUGGGACGCCGUCGACCUCAUGUUCGCCUAGUGGCUGGCCUAUAGGAGUACGCUUGUGCGUGCCGUCGCCGUGAACGGCCGCGGCUGCAGGCUGUUUGCAGCUGCCGUUUUGGAUCGACCGAGCAGUCUUUCUGCAGGCAGAAAAAAGAAAAACUAAUUUUGCGCCCUCCAGCUGGGUGGCGUUAAAGCCAGUUCCGAUUUACAAUGCAAGUAGUGGGAUAGCUAGUUAAGUUUGUUUAGCUUGUCGGUAAAUAAACCAGAGUGUGAUUAGGCGGAGCUCCAGGCUCUGCUAGUUGCUGCUGGGCAUAGCCUAGCUAGAGAUAUAUAGUAUUAUUCCAGAGUGCUGGAUGAGCGAGUGAUGAUCUUGUAUGCUCACGCUGGGUCAUCUCAUCAUGGAUGAGCAUCCGGUGUCCCAUUGUCAGUCAUCUAGGAUCUGAGCAACUUAACUUGGUUAAGUACAGUACUCCCUCUGUUUAGUA